CAAGAUGGCGGACAGUGCGGAACUAAAGCAAAUGGUUAUGAGCCUUAGAGUUUCUGAACUCCAAGUACUGUUGGGCUACGCUGGGAGAAACAAGCACGGACGCAAACACGAACUUCUCACAAAGGCCCUGCAUUUGCUAAAGGCUGGUUGCAGUCCUGCUGUACAAAUGAAAAUUAAGGAACUCUAUAGGCGGCGGUUCCCCCAGAAAAUUAUGACACCCGCGGACUUGUCCAUCCCUAACGUACAUUCAAGUCCUAUGCCAGCAGCUUUGUCUCCAUCUACCAUUCCACAGCUCACUUAUGAUGGUCACCCUGCAUCAUCACCGUUACUCCCUGUUUCUCUUCUGGGACCUAAACAUGAACUGGAACUCCCACAUCUUACAUCAGCUCUUCACCCAGUCCACCCGGAUAUAAAGCUUCAAAAAUUACCAUUUUAUGAUUUACUGGAUGAACUGAUAAAACCCACCAGUCUAGCAUCAGAUAAUAGUCAGCGCUUUCGAGAAACCUGUUUUGCAUUUGCUUUGACACCGCAACAAGUGCAGCAAAUCAGUAGUUCCAUGGAUAUUUCUGGGACCAAAUGUGACUUCACAGUGCAGGUCCAGUUAAGGUUUUGUUUAUCAGAAACCAGUUGUCCACAAGAAGAUCACUUCCCACCCAAUCUCUGUGUGAAAGUGAAUACAAAACCUUGCAGUCUUCCAGGUUAUCUUCCACCUACUAAAAAUGGUGUGGAACCAAAGCGACCCAGCCGACCAAUUAAUAUCACCUCACUUGUCCGACUGUCCACAACAGUACCAAACACCAUUGUUGUUUCUUGGACUGCAGAAAUUGGAAGAAACUAUUCCAUGGCAGUAUAUCUUGUAAAACAGUUGUCCUCAACAGUUCUUCUUCAGAGGUUACGAGCAAAGGGAAUAAGGAAUCCGGAUCAUUCUAGAGCUUUAAUUAAAGAGAAAUUGACCGCAGAUCCAGACAGUGAAAUAGCUACAACCAGCUUAAGGGUUUCUCUGCUGUGUCCACUUGGUAAAAUGCGGCUGACAAUUCCAUGUCGGGCCCUCACAUGCUCUCAUCUGCAGUGUUUUGAUGCAACUCUUUAUAUUCAGAUGAAUGAGAAAAAACCAACCUGGGUUUGUCCUGUGUGUGAUAAGAAGGCUCCAUAUGAACACCUUAUUAUUGAUGGUUUGUUUAUGGAAAUCCUAAAGUACUGUACAGAUUGUGAUGAAAUACAGUUUAAGGAAGAUGGCUCUUGGGCACCUAUGAGAUCAAAGAAGGAAGUUCAGGAAGUUUCUGCCUCUUACAAUGGAGUUGAUGGAUGCUUGAGCUCCACAUUGGAGCAUCAGGUGGCUUCUCACCACCAGUCCUCAAAUAAAAACAAGAAAGUCGAGGUGAUUGACCUAACCAUAGACAGCUCAUCUGAUGAAGAGGAUGAAGAGCCAUCUGCCAAGAGGACCUGUCCUUCCCUAUCUCCCACAUCGCCGCUAAAUAAUAAAGGCAUCUUAAGUCUUCCUCAUCAAGCAUCUCCAGUGUCCCGCACCCCAAGCCUCCCUGCUGUAGACACGAGCUACAUUAACACAUCCCUCAUCCAAGACUACAGGCAUCCUUUCCAUAUGACACCCAUGCCUUAUGAUUUACAAGGAUUAGAUUUCUUUCCUUUCUUAUCAGGAGACAAUCAGCAUUACAACACUUCCCUCCUUGCCGCUGCCGCAGCAGCCGUUUCAGAUGACCAAGACCUCUUACACUCGUCUCGGUUUUUUCCGUAUACCUCCUCACAGAUGUUUCUUGAUCAGUUAAGUGCAGGAGGCAGUACUUCUCUGCCAACCACCAAUGGGAGCAGCAGUGGCAGUAACAGCAGCCUCGUGUCCUCCAACAGCCUACGGGAGAGCCAUAGCCACACCAUCCCCAACAGGAGUGGCACAGACACAGCAUCCAUCUUCGGCAUCAUACCAGACAUUAUCUCAUUGGACUGAUUCCCUUGCCCUGCUGCUCCCAUCCCCACACCAGAGUAAAUGAACUUGGCAGAAAGAAGAGAACUUUGUGCUCUGUUUUACCUUAUUCUGUUUAGAAAAGUACAUAAGCGUGUGUUUUUUCCUUUUUUUAGGGAAAAAAUUAAAAGAAAUGUACAGAGAACAAAACUAUAUUUUCAGUUUUACUUUUGUAUAUAAAAAUCUAAGACUGCCUGUCUGAUAAAACACUUGUUAAAAAAAAAAAAAGAAAAGGAAAAAAAAAAAAAGCACCCACAGACCACCUUCAGUUCAUUUUUUUCUGGAUUCUGAAGAUUUUUUUCAUCAUUUGUCCAAUGGUUUUAGUUUUAUUUUACUUCAGAAAAAUGGCAUUAUUUUAUUUGCAAAAAAAACAGAAAAAAGUAAUUGCAUGUUUUAAAUUGCGGGCUUUUCUUUGUUGUGGGGAGGGGGUUGGGGGAAGAUAAGUUUAAUUUCCAUUUUCUAAAAAUGAGGAAGUUGGGUUCUGUUUGUGUGAAUGUGUGCAUAUUUUAUCCAGCCUUAAGUUAUAAAUCUCAUUUGUCCCACUGCAUUGCCUGUGUAUUUUCAGGACCUAGCUAGUGGUGUGUGUUCGGUGUGUUUUCAGUGUGUGUGCCUGUGUGUAUUUUCCUGUUAUUACUGUUCCCUCACCUCCCAAGUUUGCAUUCAGUUGAUAUAUCAGUUGCUUGCUUCUUUCAGAGUGCUUUGAAGGUCUUGAACUCAUGUAAGCAUCUUUAUUGACUAUCCCAAUUGCAUGUUUCCAUCACAUAUCCUCUCUUGUUUGUUAUAUAUCCCCUGAGAAUAUAUUUUAGAGAUAUUGGAGUGAAGCUGUCAGGGUAAGGAGUAGGCUUGGCAGACCUGUGAGUAAUACACUUUAGGCUAGUUCUUUAUCUAAAUCUGGAUUUCCAGUAUUGUGUAUUUAAACCAAGUCUGUGAACACCUGCUUUUUUGGCCACAGGGUAACAAGAUCUUCAUACCGAAGUAGGAAGUAAAAAUAGUUUAGAAGGUCCCGUUGCAUGUCUUGUGCAGCUGACAAAGGUAAGGUUAUCGUCAUCUCAAAAAAAGAAAGAAAUUCUAAUCUUAAAAGUAAAUUCUGUUUGGAAAAUACCAUGCACCGUAUAUGUCAAUCUGUAGACAUCUACUCUUUGAUAAACAGUUGAAAAUUAAAAUGGGUUUGAGUCUUAGUUAUUUUUACUCUCUGGUUCUGAGUAUACUUACUUACUUAGCCUAUCUACCUUAUUUGUUUUGUUUUUUCUUCAGCUUUUAAAGAAAAGCAUGACAUGGGAGAGUUACGUUUUUUUGGAAUUCAUAGAUUAGUCUGAUCUAUUCUUGUUAACAAUGGAACAUGUAAAUAUAUUGAAGUUGUUUUUCAGGAGAUGAGUGAGGGUUGGAGGGAAGGAAAAGUGGUUCUACUUGUGUCCCAAAAUCCUCAUUGGAGAAAGUGUUAUAUUCUCAGGUAUGAGAAAUAUUUUUAUAGCAGAUCAAGAGUGCAGGUGUAACAAAAAAGAUAAAGAAGGGGCUUAUCAAUUGCCAGUUUUCCAGACUGGAUUUUUAUAUCACAACUGUUAAUGUCAACAGGUUGUUCUCAGAGUUGAUGAAGGACCACUUUUUGUGUAUGAACUUGUCUUUUUAAACCUACUUUUAUCCAGGUAGAAUUCAAGAUGGUUGUACCUUCAGUUGUAUGGUAAAUUUAAUAAUUCACAUGGCUAUAUGGCAUCUAAAAAUAAUGACUUUUUUACAGCCUCUCUCUGCCACUAAGUUGUUGACUUGAAUUUUGAAAAAAAAAAAGUUGAUGUUGAUACUAUAUGUGUGUAUGUAUAUAUGUAUUUAUAGAUAAGUGUAUGUGACUGACAAGUGAGUUAUAUAGUCUUCCCCUGUGCAUGUGUAUAUCACACAAAUGUCUGAGUAUAGUCACUAAACAAUUUGCAAUUAAAAAAAAAAAAAAACUCAGAUUCAUUGUCAGGUAAAACAGGAAAUAGUUAAAUUUUAAAAUGAAUCUGGUAUUAUGAUGAAUAAACAGUUUAAGAUCACCUAUUGCCAUAUUACUUUAGGCUAAUAUCUUAACACUGUCCUAAUUUGUGUCUAAAUUCAGAUGGGGGUAGAAAUUCCUAAAUUGUGCGGAGUCGCUUCUUAUUUCACAUUGCAUUAGGACACAUAUUUCUUUUAAUUCAGCUACCUAAGGUAAAAUGAGUAGUUUUCUUUUUUCUUGUUUCUCCCCCCACCCCUUUUUUCUGUCGUUGUUAGUGGUUUCAAAAUUCUGAUCAAUAACUUUGUGUAUGAUGCUGAAUUACAAACUCUCUGAAUGUUGCAGUUGAAAACCUGACCCUCUACUUUCUUCAGCCCAGUUAAUUUCCUUCAGUGUCCUGCAUUACACCAACCUAAGGGAAGAACGGAUAAUAGGGAGAAAUAAAUGUACAGUGGCUUUGGUCAUGUCUGCAUGGGUGAAAUUAACCAUUCAGUUAUCUUUUUAUUUUAGUUCCUUCCACUCUGUAAGGAGUUUGUUUUCUUCAGUUGUUGACUUUCCAAAAUGUUACAUUAUUAGUAAUUACUCUGUUGGCUCCAUGGUUAAAACCAAUGACUUUCAUGAUCAGUCAUAAUUAUUGGUAGAGUCGUGUACUACAUCUUUGUUUCGAGUUAAAAAAAUAAAAAAGCUCAUAUUCAUUUCAUCUCUUUUCCUUAGCUCACCCUCAUUUCCCCACAUGCUGUCUGUGGACAGACAGUGAUUCUCAGAAUCUUUAGUCUUCAGACAAGUUGCCAGCAUUCCCCUUGCCUUGGUUUUUCUAAUAGGUGUGCAUAUGUUUGUGUAUGUGUUUCUGUAUAGUACUGUUUGUGUGUGUGUGUGUGUGUGUGUAUGCACACAUCUUUGAUAAAAUAGUUGUUUGACUAGCAGGGUUGAAGUGGCUUUUAAUUACUUUGUGGGCAUUAUUGGACACAUCUUUUUAAAACAAUCUGAACAUUAACCAUGCCACACUUGGUUGACUAAUUUAUUUUGAGCAUUAAAAUAUUUCUACUUCUCUUAUUUUAGGCAUUAUCAUAAUUACUUAUUACUGACUUAGGAAAGAUUCACCUAAGCUUCUGAAAAAUGUGAUUUCUUGGCAGAUUUUCCUUUGAGUCAGAUGUCGGAAACCGGAUGAAAUUCUAUCCCAAUUCUGAACUAAUAACUAUUGAAAGAAUGUUGUUUUUUAAGUAACUUAGUUUUAAAUACAUAAAACACAUCUAGAUCUUUGGAACUUUAAAGCACACGUGAAGUUAUUUUAGUAAGAAUUUUGCUUUAUCAAUAUAUUUGAAUUGUGUUUUGUUUUUUUGUUUUGUUUUUUUUUUUAAAUUAAAAAAACACAGAACUUUGAUUUCGGUAAAGAGGGAGGGUGAAGAUCUGGUGGUCCCAGAGUGUGCUGCUGUUAAUUGUUUAAUUAACAAAGGGGAAAAUGUAUAUAAACAGAUAUAAAAGUUACCAUAAAUUUCAUGAACUUAAAUCUGUGAUUCAUUGCCUUAAAACUUUCUCUCUUAGAAUUUCCAUACCGCAUGCCAAACCAGUAAAAUGGCUUUUAAAAAUGUAUAGUAGACUAAUGUCGGUUUGUAUAAAAGUACCAAGUGGAAAUAUUUAUUACAUGCAUUGGAAAAAAUUGUUUACCUAUUGAAUGUUACCUGUUUAUGUAGAGUUCUUUAGAUGUAAUAAAAGAAAAGCCUUCAGUUAA